CUUCUCACUAUGGAACCCCGAAUCCAAAACGAGCUUGACCGAAUAGCCCAAAUCCAAAAGGCAAGGUACCUCACCCGCACAGAACUAAUUAGUAAAAUAAAUUACCCGGAUAAUUCACCCAACCUGGUGGUUAUAAGAACGAAUGCAGAUGGCACUGGGUUCCCAAAUCUUCGUGAAGCGUAUGAACCGAAGUAUCUCUCUGGGUUGAUUGGUGGAGAAGAGUUUUAUCAAGUCUUAGAAGAAGUAUCCGAACUGAUGAACAGUAUUUACUCUAAAUAAAAGGAAAAUGGAUAGGCAAGAGACUCCCUUAUGGUACAAACUUGUUUUAUUGCUUGCAAUAUUUAUAGCAGUACCCAUGAUGUUCAUGGCAUAUUAUGCCCUAGAGAAUGAAUUCUGGUUUAUGGUCUUGACAUGGUCUUUGUUGGGGACCUCCUUUAUCUUGGUAUGUGGCAUCAGUUUAAUCAACUUUUGGAAUACUGACAACCUAGCGUUUGAAGAUCCAGGGACCUUCCUUGAUAGGAUGAUCCAAGAAAAGGUCGAAGAUUACCUUGAAAAGAUCAACGAUACUGAAAUGUAUAGAGACAAUGGCCUUGAGUGGUAUCUUGUCCCUGGUCAUUAUUGGCUCGAACUCAGAAUUAGUAAAGCAAUUAACAACUAUGUCAGAGAUUCUAUUAACAUCCAGCAGAGUCUUGACUCAGAAUGCUCUCUAGAUCAAAGGGAGGAGAACAAAACAGAGGUCAAAAAUAGGACGAAAAGAUAGCUUAAUCCACAGUCUUAUACCAACUAUCCCUAAU